GUGCCUUUUUUCCCAGUCGUGGUGGCAGUGGCAGAUUCGAAACAUGGCGGACGUCAUCGAUUGCAAUUUUCCUGUUUGGGGCCUUUUGCCAAAAAAAGAGACAGGUGUCACUCAGUUUAUCACAAAAUAUCCAGAAUAUGAUGGCAGGAAUGUGGUCAUUGCAAUAUUUGACUCUGGUGUUGAUCCUGGUGCUCCUGGUAUGCAGAUAACAACAGACGGCAAGCCAAAGGUUAUUGAACGGUAUGACUGCAGUGGUGCUGGUGAUGUUGAUGUCAGCAAGGUUGUUCAAGCUGAGAAUGAAAUCAUUGUUGGUCUCACAGGGCGUAAAUUAAAGAUUCCUACCAGUUGGGUCAAUCCUAGUGGGGAUUACCACAUUGGUGUUAAAAAUGCCUUUACAUUGUAUCCUGGAAAGUUGCGGGAGAGAGUUGAAGCUGAGAGAAAGAAACGUUUCUGGGAUGAUGGACACAAAACUAAUCUGGCUGAAGCUACCCGUCAAUUACAGGAAUUUGAAACAAAAAUUCCACAGCCUUCUACUGCAGAAGAGAAAUUGGAUAAAGAGGAAUUGGAAGCAAGAGUAGAAGUUUUGGCGAAUGCAGAAAAAAAAUAUCAAGAUGUAGGACCGACAUAUGACUGCGUCGUUUUUCACGAUGGUGAAAUAUGGAGAGCUUGCAUAGAUACAUCGGAGGAAGGUAAUCUCGAAUCUGGUGUUUUUCUUGGCGAAUAUUCCAUAACCAGAGAAUUCGCUUCUUUGACUCAGGAUGAUCAAUUAAAUAUCACGAUCAACGUUCACGAUGAUGGAAACACGUUAGAAAUCGUCAGUAUGUGCUCAAGUCAUGGAACACACGUAGCCUCUAUAGCAGCAGCUUAUUUCCCUGAAAAUCCAGAAUUAAAUGGAGUGGCGCCCGGUGCUCAAAUAAUUUCUUUGACUGUCGGUGACGGUCGUAUCGGUACAAUGGAAACUGGUACUGCCCUUGUGAGAGCAAUCAUUCGGGUCAUGCAACGGAAAGAGAAAAUUCACGUGAUCAAUAUGAGUUAUGGAGAGCAUGCUCAUUGGUCAAACGCUGGUAGAAUAGGAGACCUCAUGAAUGAGGUCAUUGACAAGUAUGGAGUGUGUUGGGUAGCAUCAGCUGGUAAUUUAGGACCAGCCUUGUGCACAAUUGGAACUCCACCGGAUAUUAGCUCAAGCAGUGUCAUUGGAGUUGGUGCAUACGUAUCUCCGGAUAUGAUGGUAGCUGAAUAUUCUCUCCGGGAAAAAAUGCCAGGAAUGCCAUUCACCUGGUCAUCGCGGGGACCUACGAUCGAUGGAGGAUUUGGGAUAACUGUUUGUGCACCUGGUGGAGCUAUCACUAGCGUACCGAACUUUACGUUGAGAAAGUGUCAACUGAUGAAUGGAACCAGUAUGGCCAGUCCUCAUGUUACUGGAGCAGUAGCUGUUCUCAUAUCAGGGCUCCUUGCAAAAGGAAUUGCAUAUUCUCCGUACAGUAUAAAGAGGGCGCUCGAGAACACUGCGCAUUUUGUAGAUGGCUUAGAUCCUUUUGCACAAGGUGCUGGACUCCUGCACGUUGAACGAGCAUUCGAGAAUUUGAUUACAUUUGCAGGAUCUCCGGAAAGAGACGUUAGAUUCUCAAUUAAUUGUGGCCUCAAUAAUUCCAAGGGAAUACAUAUUCGCAAUGGCGUCAUCGAUCGGUCAAAGGAUUAUGCCAUCACGGUAGAACCAGUUUUUCUUGAUAGCGAUAAUACAGAUCCUUCGAGAAAGAUUGAUUUUAAUCUAAGGCUGUCAUUGGUCUGUGAUCAGACCUGGGUACAAUUUCCUACCCAUUUGGACCUAAUGCAUAUGCCACGAGCUUUUGCUGUUAGAAUAGAAGCUGCUAAUUUGCCAGAAGGUGUUCAUACGACUUGCAUCCGUGCCUAUGACGUAACAAGUAUUGAGAAAGGUCCUGUAUUUCGAAUUCCAAUAACCGCAGUACAACCAUCACUUGUGCCAAAGACUUCGGUACUCCCAGAUUUAUCGUUCUCGAACGUCCCUUUCAAACCAAAUACUAUUCAACGGCAUUUUAUACUCGUUCCCGAUGACGCAACAUGGGCUGUUUUAAGGAUAAAAAGCACUGAAAAGGAUAAGAACGGUAGAUUUGUUAUUCACACAAUUCAACUGAAGCCUCGAAUGGCUUGCAAAACGCUCGAAGUUAACAAAAUGGUUAAUGUAACGUCUCAGUCGGAGACUGUUCAAGGAUUUGCCGUUCAGGGUGGAUUAAUACUGGAGGUGGUGAUUGCUAAGUAUUGGGCCAAUUUGGGUGAUAUGCUAAUAGAUUAUUGUAUAGAGUUUCAUGGAAUUCAUUUAGUCAACGGAAAUCUGACAAUGCAAUCCGGAGAUGGUAUAAAUCGCCUUGAAUUACGAAGUUCUCUUAGAAACGAAGAAGUCGUUCUGAAUGUAUCCUUAAAAUCAUCCGUUCAGGUUUUAAGACCAACAGAUUCAAAAAUUUCGCCCUUACGUGCUCGCGACGUUAUCCCACCGGCUCGUCAGAUUUAUGAACUGCAAUUGACCUACACAUUCCACAUAGCAAAGAGCACGGAAGUGACGCCUAAUGCUGCUCUGCUUAGUGAUUUGCUUUACGAAAGUGAAUACGAGAGUCAAAUGUGGAUGAUUUACGACUGUAACAAGCAGCUUGUUUAUUGCGGGGAUGCAUAUCCUUCUAAAUAUACCGUUCCCAAGUUGGAUAAGGGAGAUUAUACUUUGAAGAUGCAGGUCCGACAUGAGAAAAAGGAUUUGCUCGAGAAGUUAACCGAGAUGGCUUUACUUCUCAACCAAAAACUUAGCUCACCAAUUACUUUGGAAGUUUAUGCCAGUCAAUCGCAAGCCCUUGUCGGUGGAAAGAAAAUGGUUACUGCCUCAAUGCCACCUGGCAGUGUCAUUCCACUCUACAUUACACCAAUGUCCAACGAGAGCAAUACCGAGAACAAAUUCUCAAAGGGCGCUACGCUGGGAACUUACCUGCAAGGGACAAUAACGUUUAGUAAGGAUGACAUAGGAAAGAAAGUCGAUUGUCGUCAAUUCAAAUAUAUUCUUUCGGAGGCAGCUAAAAAAAGUAACAAUCAGUCAAGCAAGGCGGAGAAGGAAAAAAUGACGAAAUGGGAUGAAUACAAUGAGGCUCUGAGAGACCUAAAAUGCAGCUGGUUAGCUAAAAUGGCUCCAUCAAGAAAACCGGGUGAGCACGCUUCCAAGUUGUACGAAGAACUGAAGACUGCGUAUCCAGAUCAUUUGCCCUUGUACACUUCAAUGCUGACAUCUUUGGACUCGGCCGAAGCACGUCGCCAUGUACCUCACGAUGAUUUCACCGAGACUGUCCUAGAGCAGUCGAAACAGAUCACGAUAGUGGCCGACAUUGUAAUUGCUGAAGUCGAUCAAGAGAAACUACUGGCGUAUUAUGGCUUGAAAAACGAUCAGCGUUCCGAUGCGGCCAAAAUAAAAUCAACUAUGGAAAAGCAGAAGAAUGCUUUAAUCGAUGCCCUCGUGAAGAAAGGCUGCGCUUUGGCUAGACUAUAUCUUAGUGCACGUCAGAAGGGCGAUGGCGAUGGAUCGAAUCAGCAUUUACUCGAAGGCGUCACUUCCGCCUGGAGAGACGUUCAGAAGUUUGUCGAAGUGACAGACAAUAAGGUAAUUGUACUCUCGUUGUGGCAUUCGUACAUUAAUGGACAUCAUGGACGUUACAUGAAACUUCUGGCUCGUUAUUACGAAGAGAAACCGCUGAAGGAGAUCGACGAGAAGUGCAUCGAAGUGGCAAGAACUUUGGGUUGGGAUCAUUUGGCACGUCACUUGAAUAGGAGCUUACCGACGCGUUAUCCGACCACUUAUAAAUUAUUCUGAUCGGUUUAAGAACGCCCAGAGUACGUGGUGAUUUCUCCAUCGAGGACAUACUUGUAUGCGCUUCGCGAAUAUUUCAUUUCGGAAAUGACCCUCUUUAACGAUGAUAGUAGGAUUUAUUAUGACCGAUUAAGAAUUUCACGUGGCUUCCACUCUUGUUUAGUGAAGUCUAUAGUGAAAUCGAGUGACUCACUUUAAUAUAUCAUUUUUUUUUUUCUUACCACAAAUGUCUAUUGACAAGGCUUUUAGACUUUUACUUGAGCGCUCAUUGAAUGGAUAUAUCUUUGUCUUCUCUUUGAUGAUCUUUUACUGUUUUCUUUCUUCGAUUUUGUCCGUUGUGACUGUCAUUACAAAAUCAGCUAAGACAAGAGCGCUUGGUCAUAAGUAAUUUUAAAUAAGAUUUCUUUUUUUUUGGUUUGUCAUCAAUUGCAUUGUUGUUAUGUUAAAACGGUCUGCUAUUUAACGAUACAUAAAAUAUUAGUCAUCAGGAAAGUUUCAUCCAUUAGUCCCAUUAAAGCAGAAAAGCUUUAAGACAAGUGUCUUCGUAGUUUGAUCGAAGAUAAAUAAUUUAGCCGAAUUAUAAAAAACGUGCUUGUAUUAAUCUUAACAUUAACUCGUGGAUUAUCACGUGACAAGCAUGCCCGGAAAUUCUAAUCAUAGCAAUAAUUGUGUCUAGGUUUAACUGUAUAACUUGGACUGAAAAACAUGAGAAAGAAGCAAUGAAUUUUCAUUGAAAAACAAAGACGCAUGCGCAAACCGGAAUAAGACGACAACUGUACUUCGUCACGUUAAUAAUUUUUUACGAUACAAUCUCAAUUUUUCCCUAUACAGUACAUCAACUAUAUUCAAUUGUAAUUCCUCGUGGAUAUUUUGCAACGCGAAUAUUUGGAUUUUCAAAAAUAAUCGUUUCAAUUUCCAAAUUCCGUACGACCAGAUUAGAAAAUUUAUUGUUAGAGGUAUCAAAGAUUGGUUUUUUUGUUGUGUAACUCAGGAAACAAAUAACGGUGUAAUCUUUUUUUUAAUUAAAAAUCUCUUCUGAGGGAGAUUUUGAUUAGAACGCUUUCCGUCUUUCCAAGACGAAGCGUAGCGGAAGCAGUAUUAAUGCUGCUAAAAAAUAUGUAUACAUAUGUUCGCUACGUCACUUCCUCCAUAUGUAAAGGGCGUCUGCGCAUUAUCAGAUUUAAGGAAAAACUUGCACGAGCUAUAGUAAAACUGAAUAGAUGCUUUUCAAUAAGACUUUAGUCACACGUGAAACGCCCCAUACGCAAUACGUAAUACUGACGAUGUCUAUCUUCAUAUAUCGCGUUCGUAUUAAUUCCUAACGACUCGUCCAAUUUAAACGAUCGUACCUAUAUCACUGAACUGAUCGAAAUGAAACUUGACUCGAAGAAAAUUGUACCAUUUUUAUUAAAUGACUGAUCGUUUAGGUGAUAAUAAAACUGCGAAUGAAAUUAAUUUGAAUAUAACAUUUUAUUAUUCUAUGA